GCUCCUGUCUCGCCGCUUCACCAGACCCAGCCUGUUCCAGCUCCCACUUAUCAGCCAUUUCCUCCUAAGGCAUCGCCAGCUCCACCACGGCCUGUUGCGCAUGUGGCGCCACCACCGCAGGUAGCUUCGACACAGAUGUCUGGAAGACGCGGCAUGCACCCCCAUGCUACAGAUCAGCCACCCGUGAAGAAGCAGAGCAAGUGGUCACCGGAGGAAGAUACCCUUAUCAUCGAGCUUCGAGGACGCAAUAUGAAGUGGGAGGAUAUCUCAAAGCGUCUGCCUGGCAGGAGUGCCAUCAGCUGCCGCCUACACUACCAGAACUACCUCGAAAGACGGAGUGAAUGGGACGAAGAGCGCAAGAAUAAACUGGCCAGACUUUACGAGAGGUUCAAACCAGAAAUGUGGGCAAAAGUUGCAGAAGAGAUGGCAGUGCCCUGGCGAGCAGCAGAGGCCAUGCAUUGGCAGCUUGGUGAGGCAGAUAUGGCUAGACGUGCAGGCGUUAUCCCUUUCUCUCUAGCUGCAGUCAAUGUCGAGGGAAACAACAGUCACAGGAGCUCCCCCUCACGCAGCCACAUCCACUCGCAGCCCCAAGUAAGCAUGCCUCGCGAUCUUGGAGCACCAUCGCCUCGAGUUGUGUACAACAGACCUCCACCAAUGCCUGCCAGCAGCCGAACUAUGGUUCCCCGCCGAGAGUCGAUUCCUCCGCCGCCUCCUUUGUCCAUGGUUCCAGAUCCUGCUGAAGCUCAGUAUGUACCAGGGCCAGGUUUGGCCCCGAUCCAGAACCAGCCACCACCUCGGACGGCUGGUAUGCUUCCUGGGGUUGCUGAACUUACUGGAGGAGUCAGCCCCUAUAGUACACCUGCUGCAGUGCCUAACAUGGGACCUAUAACCGGGGUAGGUCAGGGCCCUCUGUAUUCAACACUCGCCGGUUACUCGAUGGAAUCGGCCGGGUCCAAACGAAGAGCUUCCCCAGAUGAAUAUCCGCACGAGGCGAACCAGCGGCGCCGAAUUACAUAGCCUGCCAUGGUUGAGGCAACUGUACUAUAUGAGCGCUUGAUGAGUGAUCCUUGAGUCUUCCAGGACAUUUGUCUUGCAUCUCGUCUCAUAAGGCGACAAU